GUUACGAUUCUACAACCGGCUGGGUUCAGGCCGUUUACGAUGAGUGUGUUUCAGUGUGAUUUGCCGAGAUUGAGGAAGCAGUGGUUGAUGUACGACCUACUCAGCGCAAACAGUAUGUCCGGUUCAUACGACAACUCGCUAUUUACCCUCCACCCUCGCCAGCUGUUCAGCACCUCAGCGGGCGAGCCAUCAAGGAAUAUUGGCGGCAAGAAAAUUGUGACGAAGAGCAACAGAAUCAGAAUCGACGCAAUGAACAUCGACCACCUCAACCGCGGCGUCGAAGGUCCCUUUGGCUGGAUCACUUCCGGAAACGUCGAUUUCAUAAUCGACAUGGUCCUACCGGAAGAAGUAGAAAACCUCGACUUCGGGCAAGUCGUGUCCGAAAUCGUCGAGAAUAUCGAACAACAAGUCGAUCCCGCCCCUCAAUCAGUCGUCGAGGAAUUUGAGCCGACCCCGUUGGUGUCAAUGGACAUCAGGAUCCAGCUGAACGACGUCAAAGCCGCCGUCCCACUCUUCACCGACGACCUCUCCUACACAAACUACGCCCUCAUUCGCCCCAUCGUUGCAUACCUAAACCGAAAACACACCUACAUCCCCCUAAAAUGCCGAGUCGUCAAAUCACUUCCAGACUGGGACGGCUCCUGGACGUUGUGGGACUCGGGGUUGAUGGAUGAUGUUAGCGCGGAGGUGUAUGAUGCUUUUGCGCAGAGUGUUACGGAUGAUCAGGCGAGGAGGAGGAGGAUUAAGAAGAUUGGGUUGUGGAGUUUGCAGUUGGCGGCGCAGUUGUUGAUGUUGGCAUUGCCGACUGGGGCUGCGGUUGCUCUAUGAGCAUAUGGAUGUGAAUAUCAACAAUGAGCGUGCAUGGCAUGAGGUGUGAGGGGGUGAGGUGUGUGGUCUGAGUCAAUUGGAGAAAACACAGCAUUUGCAUGGUUUACAGCGGGCUUUGGGUUAUUUAUUGGUGUUCAUGGCGUUGAUGUAUAUCUUAUCUCUACCAGUCUCUCGAAAGAAAUCUUGAAUGUAAUCAAUCAUGGUAUUCUUCGUUUCUCGGGUAUAAUGCGAUCCUU